GUAGAAUUGCUUGUAAAAACAACUGCAGUGAAAUGUUAGCAUAAGUUAUUUAGUUUCUUUAAUUGUGUGUUAGAAAACAUUUAUAAAAUGAACAAAACAGCAAUCAAGUCCACGGCGCAUGCGCAGCAGAAAGAUGCCAAUUCGUAAAUGCAAAGUGCACAACAAAAGCUGCCGCAGCGGAAAAAAUUGGAAAGCGUAAAUAACACGAAAAUCCCGAAAUGUUUGUCUAUUUGAGUAAAAAGAUUGCGAUUCCAAACAAUGUGAAGCUUAAUUGCAUUGCGUGGAACAAGGAGGAGGGAUACAUUGCCGUUGCCGGGACAGAGGGACUCCUCAAGGUGCUCAAACUGGAUCAAGCUGCCAACAAUGGCCAGACCAAGGGUGGAUUGGCCGCCGUGUCGAAUCUGUCGAUGAAUCAGACAUUGGAUGGCCACAAGGAGUCCGUCAAAGUGGUCACGUGGAACGAUGCACAGCAUAAGCUAACAUCCUCGGAUGUGGACGGCGUUAUAAUGGUCUGGAUGCUGUACAAAGGCGCCUGGUACGAGGAAAUGACCAACGAUCGCAAGAAAUCGACGGUGGCCGGCAUGAGCUGGACCUCGGAUGGCACCAAAAUCUGCAUUGUUUAUGAGGAUGGGGCCAUUAUUGUUGGCUCCGUCGAUGGCAAUCGCAUUUUCGGCAAGGAGCUCAAGAACACCCAUCUAACUGGAGUUCAAUGGAGCCCCGACAAUCGACUGAUCCUCUUUGCCCUGGCCAACGGCGAGUGUCAUCUAUACGACAACCAGGGCAACUUUGCGCUGAAACUGAACAUUAAAUGCAUUACAAUUGGCACCUCGACGAGUCGCGUGCAGCGAAUCGGUAGCAUCAGCUGGUUCAGCGGCAAUCUGUCCAACAGCCGGAGCCAACCUGUGCUGGCCAUUUGCUAUGAGAACGGCAAGGUGCAGAUUAUGCGCAACGAAAACGACGAUGCGCCCGCAAUCUUCGACACUGGCAUGCGUAAUGUGGACGCAAAGUGGAACCAUGAUGGCAGCGUGCUGGCCAUUUGUGGAACAUCUCUGGAGGCAGCUAGUCCGUUGCGCGACACCAAUCAGGUGUGCUUUUACUCGCCGCUGGGCAGGCUGCAUCGCACGUUAAAGGUGCCUGGCAGCGACAUCACCUCGCUCAGCUGGGAAGGCAAAUCUCUGCGAAUCGCCAUGGCCGUGGACUCGUUUAUCUAUUUUGCGAACAUCCGGCCCGAAUACAUUUGGUGCUACUUUGAGAAGACGGUCGUGUUUUUGAACAGCCGAAGCAGCAGCAACAACAACAGUGGGAGCAGCGCCAUGAAUGUGAUCACCUUUUGGAACACAAUCUCGAACCAGAGCUUCCUCAAGGAAGUCGAGCCCACGCUGUGCCUGGCGGCCAGCAACGAGCAUUGCGUUCUGGGCGUCGAGUGUGUCAGCAGCAACAUUAAGGAAAUUGCGCUUAGCACGUUGGAGGGAGGCAGCAGCUCGGCGCCGGAUGGCAGGGUCUAUCAGCUGCUGCUGUGCAACUCCAUAGGGACGACCGUGGACUCCAAAUACACGGACAUUAAACCGCGUUUCGUAGGGAUUAACGCUGGCUAUGUGGCGAUUGCCUCUUACGAAGAGAUACUCAUUUGGCAUUAUCAUACCCCAAAGAGCUCUUCGAAUCUGCAUGGCGUUAAGGCGUGCAAGGAGAGGCGCUUUCACAUUGAUGACACGCCCACGGGCGUGGAAUUGGCCAAGGAUUUGCUGCAGGGCGCGCAACGCAGCGUCAAGGAUCCAAUUUGUGCGCUCGCACUGUCCGACAAGCUGUUGCUGGUCGCUCGGGAAUCGGGCGUCGUAAAUGAGUACAGCGUGGUCAACGUAUCGCUGAGGAACCGCCACACGUUGCACGCUAAGAUCAACAAGAUGGCCAUCAACUGCAAUUCCACGCGCGCUGCCAUUAUCGAUCAGAUGGGUGUGAUGACGUUGCUGGAGCUGGACGACAAUCGAGAGACGCAGUUGAACUUUAGUCGGGUGGAGCGCAAGGAUGUUUGGGCCGUUAGCUGGGCCAAGGACAAUCCCUUGUUGCUGGCUUUGAUGGAGAAGACGCGCAUGUAUAUAUUUCGCGGCAACGAUCCCGAGGAGCCGAUCUCCUGCUCCGGCUACAUAUGCACUUUCGAGGAUCUGGAAAUAACCAGCGUCCUGCUGGACGACAUCAUCAGCAUUGGUGAGCUGCAGAACGCCUCGCAUCUGUUACAGCUGCGCGUCAAGUCGUUGCGCGACACGGACGAUCUGCUGGAGCAUGUGGGGCUCGAGGAUGCCAAGCAGUUCAUAGAGGACAAUCCCCAUCCGCGCCUCUGGCGCCUGCUGGCCGAGUCGGCGCUGAAGCAACUGCAGCUGGACACAGCCGAAAACGCCUUUGUGCGCUGUGCCAAUUAUCCCGGCAUCAAGCUGAUUAAGCGGCUGCGAAAUAUUAGCUCACAGAUUUUGCAGCGGGCGGAGAUUGCCGCCUUCUACGGCGAGUUCGAUGAGGCCGAGAAGCUCUACAUGGAUGCUGACCGAAGGGAUCUGGCCAUUGAUUUACGCAUCACGCUUUGCGAUUGGUUUCGUGUGGUCCAGCUUUACCGCAUGGGCGGCGCUGGCGUCUCGGAUCAGCAAAUGGAAACGGCAUGGCGCGAAAUAGGUCACCACUUUGCCAAUCUUAAGUCGUGGGCGAGCGCCAAGGAGUAUUAUGAAAAGUCACACUAUCUGGAGGGCUCCAUUGAGGCUCUCUAUCAUCUGGAACAGUUUGAUGAGCUGGAAAAGUGUGUGGCUAAGCUGCCGGAGAAGAGUCCACUGCUAACCAAAUUGGCCGAAAUGUUGGUCUCCGUCGGCAUGUGCUCGGAAGCUGUGCAGGCUUACCUGAAGUUUGGCGACCAGAAGGCCGCUGUCAAUGCGUGCGUCAAUCUGCGCCAAUGGGGCCAGGCCGUGGAGCUGGCCCAAAAGUAUCAAAUGCCCGAAGUAAACGUGCUCCUUGGCAAGCACGCGGCACAGCUUCUCAACGAGGGACGUCUUUCGGAGGCAAUUGAGUUGCAGCGCAAGGCCGGCAAGCAUUUGGAUGCAGCACGUCUGCUCUGCAAGAUGGCCGAGCAGGAGGUGGAGAAGCGUGCACCGUUGCUGAGAAUCAAGAAGAUAUACAUACUGGCCGCCCUGCUGGCCGAGGAUCAUCUCAGGUCGCUGGCCACGCCGGCCACGCAAUUGGACUAUGCCAUCGAUCGCAACCGGCUGCUGGACUCGAUGAGCCUGGAGGAUGCCGCUUUUGUCGAGCGCAUCUGGCACUGCGCCGAGGGCUAUCAUUAUAUGCUGCUCGCCCAGCGCCAGCUGCGCUUUGGCAUAAUGCACAGCGCUGUCGUAACCUCGCUGCGCCUGCGCGACUACGACGAUGUCCUGCCCGUGGAGGACAUUUACAAUCUUAUGGCCCUGGCCAGUUGUGCGGACAGAUCGUUUGACACGUGCUCGAGAGCAUUCAUGAAGCUGGAGUCGCUUGAAACCUUGCCCGAAAAGACCCGGCAGGCGUACGAGGAGCUGGCCGUAAGCAUAUUCACAAAGAAUGAGCCCAAGGAUCACAUGGUGGACAAAGUCGCCUGCUACGGAUGCGCUUCCCAAGUGCCAGACAAUGUACCAUCAUGUAUGGAGUGUGGAGCCCGUUUCCCUGGUUGUGUGGCGUCUGGGAAGCCCAUCACACAGCCCACAAGCAAUAUUUGGAUAUGCUCCACUUGCCAUCACUGUGCCUCGCCCAUGGAGAUAACACGGCAUCGGACAUGUCCCUUGUGCCAUAGCCUCAUCGUCUCAAUAAAGGAAAACAAGGAAUAGAAUCACAAUUAAAACAACGUAAAAUGUAAAA